ACAAUAAAACAACUCCUGCAGGAUUUGUCACUGUUUUUCAUCUAUAAGUAGCUAGAAUGUAGAAACUUUGAAUAUAUAGAAAACAAGUUGAGAGCAAGAUGAAGAAGGUAUCUCUUUAUGCCUGUUUAUUACUCAACUUGAGUCUUUUGUCUAUUGUUUCAGAUAGCAAAGCAAGUCAAGCUGAUAAACUUGAUGAACUGAUUCUGUCCAGAAGCUCACAGAAUCCUCCUAAGACUUUUUCUUGGGAAGAAGAAGAAGAUACAUUGAAAACUUCUUCUGCUUAUGUUGUUCCUCCUCAAGAAGAGCAAAGGCUAGCUGACAAGAUUGUCACUUUGCCUGGUCAACCCUAUGGAGUUAACUUUGACCAAUACUCUGGCUAUGUGCCAGUUGAUCAUGAGGCUGGAAGAGAGCUUUUCUAUUAUUUUGUGGAGUCUCCAUAUAACUCUUCAACUAACCCUUUAGUAUUGUGGCUCAAUGGAGGACCUGGUUGUUCCUCAUUGGGGUAUGGAGCCUUUGAGGAGCUAGGACCCUUCAGAAUCAACUCGGAUGGAAAAACUCUAUAUCGUAACCCAUAUUCUUGGAAUGAAGUUGCAAAUGUACUUUUCUUGGAAUCUCCAGCAGGAGUAGGCUUUUCCUACUCAAACACAACUUCUGACUAUGAAAAAUCAGGAGAUAAGACAACCGCAAAGGAUGCUUAUGUCUUCCUUAUCAACUGGCUGGAGAGAUUUCCACAGUACAAAACAAGAGAUUUUUACAUAACUGGAGAGAGUUAUGCUGGUCAUUAUGUUCCUCAACUUGCAUCCACUAUUCUUCACAGCAAUAAACUCUUUAAUCAAACCAUCAUCAACCUUAAAGGAAUUUCAAUAGGGAAUGCUUGGAUUGAUGAUGCAACAGGUUCAAAGGGGCUAUAUGAUUACUUUUGGACCCAUGCUUUGAAUUCAGAUCAAACUCAUGAGUUGAUUGACAAGUACUGUGACUUCACUUCUGAAAAUAAAUCAGCAAUAUGUACCAAUGCAACCGCAAAGGCCUUAAUCGAAAAAGGAAACAUAGAUUUCUAUAACAUAUAUGCUCCACAAUGUCAUGAUUCUUCUCUCAAAAAUGGUUCAACUGGUUAUGUAAGUAAUGAUUUUGAUCCUUGUUCUGAUUACUAUGGUAUUGCCUAUUUAAAUACACCAGCGGUUCAAAAGGCUCUUCAUGCAAAACCUACAAAUUGGAGUCACUGCGGUGAUCUUAUCACUCAAUGGAACGACAGUCCAAUCACCAUCCUACCAACCAUCAAGUAUCUGAUCGAUAGUGGCAUUAAAUUAUGGAUAUACAGUGGUGAUACAGAUGCAAGGGUUCCGGUCACAACUUCAAGAUAUGCAAUCAACACCCUCAAGCUACCUAUCAACUCCGCUUGGCGUCCAUGGUAUUCUGGAAAAGAGAUUGGAGGAUAUGUGGUUGGGUACAAAGGACUGACAUUUGUGACAGUAAGAGGAGCAGGUCAUCUUGUUCCAAGCUGGCAACCGGAACGAGCUUUGAUUUUGAUCUCAUCAUUCAUCUAUGGAAUUCUGCCUCCUGUUUCACCAUCUAAUUAAUAGCUUCUAAGCAUGCUCCAUGUUUCAAGUUUACUUUCUUGAAAUGCAUUUGUGCCAAAUCUACUAGUUAGAUUGUUAUAAAAAAAAUUAGUUUCAACUUUCA